AUGCAUUCAGGACGCUGCAAAGAAAACGCUCCCGGUUUUAGUACCGAGGAAGAAGUUCGCCUUUGCAUCUGCGGAGACAAUAUCUACGUACAAUUCUGUAUGUGUUGCCCUGGUGGUACUGGUGACUACAACCAGGAGAAGUGCCUGAGAAUGUUGCAUCGUCAGCUGAAAUAUGAUAAAGAACAACUUCUGCGGUCCGAACACCAGUUGGAUCUCUUCGAAGUGGAAACUGGAUUGAGACGAGGGGCCGAGGCGGGACGCUUCCUGUUCAACUUUGCCGUCGAUGACAUAAUGCAGUGUCCCGCCGAUGUCAUUUUGGCACCUUCUGCACGUCCAUUGGUGGAUCUUGACCUACGCCCUGGUAAAUGCAUGCAGAUGUGGGUCUCCUCGAGACCGUCAACGGGAAUCAGGAUGGAUGAACAACCUAUCGAACUCGUGGAUGAGUUUCGUCAUUUGGGCUGUAUGCUGAAAAACGAUGGCAGCUACGAGAGAGAUAUUCAGCAAAGAAGCGCAAAGCUAACUCUGCAUUCAACUGAUUGA